AUGAAUUCUGCAGACAUUCGCGUCAUUUUCUUAUAUGAGUACAUACUGGGUAAUAGUGCUGCAAAAGCUGCUCGCAACAUAAACGAAGCGUUUGGGGAGAAUGCGGUUAACGAUCGGAAAGUGCAGCGUUGGUUCGAAAAAUUUCGAACUGGCGAUUUAUCACUGCAAAACGAGCCGCGCGGAAGUCCCAAAACAUCUGUGAAGAACGAUGACGUGAAGGCUCUAGUGAAAGCGGAUCCAGCCGUAUCCACGAGGGAACUUGCUGUCAGGAUGAAAGUUGACCAUACAACGAUAUUGAGACACCUUUCUGAGAUUGGCAAGGUUAAAAAGAAGACAA